AUUGAAUUGAAUUGAAUUGAGGAGCGUCCGAACAGAGAGCUUCAUCUGCGGCCGUCCUGGAGAACCAGACAGCAGAGAUGCAAAGACGAGGACGGAGGAAGACAGGCGUUCUUUCAUUCUUCCGGAAAAUGGGAAGAGCUAUCCAUAAGCUUUGCUGUAUGGAUGCAGCAGCAACAUCUAUAGUGGACCACACUGACCCAUCUGGUAGCGCUCGUGCUGUCGCUUCAGAAUCGAGAGAUCGGACUAGAAAGAUCUACCUCAAGAAAGAUUGCAGCAAAGUCAUCUUGAGAAUCGUCAAGGGCACCCCAGGGUCCCCGGAUCCGUGUGGGGUCUGUGUUGUCUCCAUUGACGUGGACCAACCUGGGAUCUCCAGUGUGUCUGUUGACCCGGGACCUAAUGGAUUCUACUCGGAUUCUUUUAUUCCGGGUCCACCUGGAGUCCUCCGCUUGUCCCUCGUCCUAUGUCCAUCUGGGGUGUUCAGUGUGUCUCUUAAUGCUCGUCCAUCUCGAGGCUGCAGGGUGUCUGUUGAUCCCGGUUCGUCUGGGUUCUUCAGUGUGUCCUCUUAUCCGGGUGCGUCUCGGGACUUCAGUGUAUCUGGUAACCCGGAUGCCUCUGGAGGCUGCAGGCUGUCUGUGGAUACGGGUCUGUCUGGGGGCUGCGCAGUGUCUGCUGCUCCGGGUCCGUCUGAUUGCGCCAUGUCAGCUGCUCCGGGUCCGUCUGAUUGCGGCAUGUCUGCUGCUCCGGGUCCGUCUGAUUGCAGCAUGGCUGCUGAUCCGGGUCCGUCUGAUUGCGGCAUGUCUGCUUAUCCGGGUCCGUCUGGUUGCACCAAGCCUGCUGCUCCGGGACCGUCUGGUUGCACAAUUCCUGCUGAUCCAGGUCCGUCUGGUUGCACAACGUCUGCUGCUCCGGGUUCGGCUCCUCACUGGUGGAUCAGCAGUUCCAGCCCGCCAAGCAACAGAACUAAUCAGAUGGCGGUGAUCCAGUAUUCAGAAGGCUUCAUACCGCCGGCAGACCUGACUCUCUAUGUGUUGUGUGUUGUUGUAAUUCUUUUAUUGCAUGUAGUGUUUGUCUGCAUCUGAACUGUAAUAAAUUGUGUUUGAAUACACUUGAAA